AUGGGUGACUUACCAGAAGUAAGAGUUACACCGUCGCGGCCAUUCUUACAUGCGGGUGUCGAUUUUGCUGGUCCGCUGCAAAUUCUUACGACAAGAGGUCGAGGAAUCAAAACUAAUAAGGCAUAUAUUUGCAUCUUCAUAUGUAUGGCUACAAAGGCAAUUCACUUGGAGCCGGUUGGAGAUAUGAGUACCAAUGCAUUUUUAGGGGCCUUCAAAAGAUUUAUAGCAAGAAGAGGUAAAUGUAGUCAUAUUUGGAGUGACCAGGGGUCAAAUUUUAUAGGAGCUAACAGGGAGUUAAAGGAUUUGUGGCAACAGGCAAGACUAGAAAUUCCUGGAUCUUUAUCAGAUAUACUCGCAGAAGAUGGCACACAAUGGCACUUCAAUCCACCAUACAGUCCAAAUUUUGGUGGCCUUUGGGAGGCAGGCGUAAAGUCCAUUAAAUACCACCUAAAGAGGAUUUUAAAUAGCCACCUUACAUUUGAGGAGAUGUCCACCACUCUGUGUCAAAUAGAAGCCUGUUUGAACUCUAGACCUUUGUGUCCAAUAGAUACAACAGACAUUGGCUCUUUGGAGAUACUCACUCCAGGACAUUUUUUAAUUGGUGAGGCUCCAAUUAACAUUCCAGAACCAGACUUAAGGCAAAUUAAAGUAAAUAGAUUAUCACAUUGGCAGUAUACACAGAGAUUAUUACAGGAUUUUUGGCAUCGAUGGCAGAAUGAAUAUUUGUCUAGGCUGCAACAAAGACCUAAAUGGUUAAAACACACUCAAGAGUUUAAAAUCGGUGACAUUGUACUUAUUAAGGAAGAAAAUCUUCCUCCUGGGAAGUGGUCUUUGGGGCGUAUCGUACAAAAGCAUCCUGGACCGGAUAAUAUAUGUCGUGUUUAUAGUUUAAAAUGUAGAGAUAAAAUUGUUAAAAGAUCUGUUACUAAGUUAUGUUUGCUUCCAAUUAAUGGUUAUGAUUAA